GUUUAUCGGACUAAUCCAGAGUAAGACUGUGUUUGGUCAUCUCGAGGUCAGCUGGUUGUAGAAAUCGAGCGACGGCGGUGUAGAGCGACGGCGAUGAACAGACUGAGAUGGGUCGCAGAGGGAGACAUCUGGGACCUCGAUAUGUCAACUCCGGUGACGCUCGAGGCCACCGCACGAGCUGUUUCGGACGAUCCUCUUCCUCUAGGUCUCUCCAGAGGCACUCAUCUCUCUCGCUCUAAGCAAGUUGAGUUCUUCCACCGCUUCAUGGCCACACCUCUCAUCCCUUCCUUCUCCUCUAUCCGUUCAAACACCGGAGAUGGAGGCGGUGGUGGUUUCUCUCUUCAAAGAGUCCUCACUCUUCCUUUCUCCAAUAAUUGGUUUGUGUCUCUUCUGGGCCAAUUCGAUGUUCAGAGAUUCGUAUCGGAGAUAAAAAAGAAUGAAGCAUUUGGUCGAGGGUCUUCGUCUACAGCAGCUUCUCGUUUAAACGCAAUUGGCAAGCAUUUGAAGGACAAAUCUUUGUAUGCAUUGGGUUUUUGCUCUGAGUUGUUGUUGACACCAGAUGAUACUUUGCUUCUUAGCUAUGAUACUUACAAAGGUGAUCUUCAGAAGAAUCCUAGGGCUAAGGCUAUCUUCAAUCACAAGUUUCCCCUUCACAAUCUGACAGCAGAGGCGUUUUGGCCUGGACUAUUUGUGGAUAAACAUGGUGACUAUUGGGAUGUGCCACUCUCAAUGGCUAUAGAUCUAGCUUCUCUUCCUGCUGAGUCUGGUCUAAGUUACCAUUUAUGUUUACAUCAUAACAGUGGAUCACCCAAGAAGUUUAAUUCUGAUACAAUGGAAGUGCCUCCACCGUCUCUGCUUCCUGGAUUGUCUUUAAUAUCUGCAGUCUCCUAUAGGACAAACAUGGAUCUCUGGAGGGGUACCACUCCAAAGCUCGAAACUUACAAGCCCUUUGACAUCUUCCUCAGUAGUCCUCAUGUCGCAGUAUCGGGGAUUAUCGGCUCUGUGUUGACCGCCGCAUUUGGUGAAAAUUCAAUCAGAUCAAAAUUUGAGAAUGAUUCUGAGGGUGUUGGAGGGUUCUCUCUUCAUGUUCCAUCUGUAAAUUCCGGAUUCAUGGCUGAUGCCUUAGGACGGGCAUCACUCACAGCUCAAUAUGGAAACUUCCAGAAGCCCUUGUUUGAUCUCACCCGUUUCCAUGCUAGAUUAGACUUUCCGCAUGGUUUGAGGUUUCUUACCGGUGCCACUAGCGUCGCACAAGAUCUUUUAAAUUCUCGGCAGCCUAGUUUAGAAGCAUUUCAGAAAAUCUGCCCUGAAGUAUUAGUUUCUUUACAGCAACAGAUUGUUGGACCGUUUAGUUUCAAAGUGGAAUCUGGAAUUCAGAUUGAUCUGAAGAACGGACUUAACCCCGUGACUAUAGAUAAGACAGUAUUUGCUAUCGAAUAUGCUCUUCAAGUGCUUGCUUCUGCCAAGGCUGUUGCUUGGUACUCCCCACAACAGAAAGAAUUCAUGGUUGAGCUUCGUUUCUUUGAGACAUAGUUUCAGCUUUUUCCACUCAAAAUGUCAAGCUUGAUCCUGUGAAGAAUGUAGUCUUGCAGAGAAGUAAAUAGACAAUGAUUUAUUUUUCAGUUUCUUAUGUUAAACAGAAGAAUGUUUCAAUAGAAGGGAAGUUUACAUCUU